AUGGAAUUAUGUAAGCAAGCAAGUGAAUUAGCUAAUAGUAUUGUAUUCAAUGCUAUUCUCAUCCUUGUCAUUAUCAUAUCAGUAACAGGAAUUAUUUUUGAAAUAUGGGUAAUGCUUAAGACAACAAAUCAUAUUUUAUUACAUCGAAAUAUUCGAAUUUUAAUUAUCACACAUCAAUUAUGGCUUAUUCUUCACUGUGCUGCAAGAAUAUUUGCGCAUUUAUAUGUGUUAGUGUCAUAUCAGAAGACGUAUACUGAUCCGUGUGGGUAUAUGGCUUACCCAUGGGAAUGUUUCAUGAUGCGAACACCGAUUACUUUAACAUUACUUCUAAAUGCUGCAUCAAUACCGACAGUUGUCAUUGAACGAGCUAUUGCGACAUAUUUUUCGGCAAGAUAUGAAAAAUCUGGAAUAAGUGUCGCUAUUAUACUUUUCAUAGCACAGUUAACCAUUGGUUUUGGAAGUUUCUUUUUCAUUGUUAGCAAUUUCAAUUUGUUCGAUUCAAAAAAAGUAGUUUACUGUUCGACAUCAAAUGAAGCAAAUGCGCUAAAAUCAGCUAUCAGAUUACAUCGAAACAAAAUUCACGUUAACUUAUCACAUCGUUAUCAAAUCAUGGAAAAUAUCAAUUCUCUUCAGACAUUAUCACCAAUGGUAGCAUUUUACUCGAUAUUUCUGGCAAUUUUCCUGGGUGCAUUAUUUAUGUAUUUUGCUAUCGAUUUCAAAUUUUCUCCAAAACAAUUUGCUAUCUAUCUUGAAAGUGUACAACUAACUCCAUUAUACGCAUUAACCUUGCCAAUUGCUAUAGUAUGGACAGAAAAAUAUGUCAGGAAAACUGUUCAGGAAAACCGUCGGAAGGUUAUGGAAUUAACUGGCAGUAAAGCAGCUGACCAUUACUUUACAAUUUUCGAAAGAUCUGUGGGAAAGAAUGGUUGA